UGCAGCAGCGAAGCGGAGCCGGAGACCUCGGAGGCCGCACCGCAGAGCCUUGGGCCCCUCCUGGAAGCGCCGCCCUUCCCAGGUGCGGAGGACCAGAGCGCAGGAGAGGGUCUGGAAGAUGCUGAGGAUCUGGCUGGGCUGCGGCUGGUGUGUGACAGUUCAGUGCUGUUGUGCCUCAAGAAGAGGUUUCACCUGGGCCGAAUCUACACAUUUGGGGGACCCCUCCUGGUUGCUCUGAACCCCUACCAGCCCCUGCCUCUCUUCUCACCUGAGGUCUUGGCCAGCUACCAACCAGGGAAGGCCCCCAGCACCAGCCCACAUAUCUUUGCCAUCGUGGCAGCAGCCCACAGCCUGUCUCAGAGCCCAGGCCAGGACCCCUGCAUCCUCCUGGGGGGGCGCAGCGGCUCAGGGAAAACAGAAGCCACCAAGAAGAUCUUGCAGUUCCUAAGCAGCCUGGAACAGGGGCAGACAGGGGAAAGAGGGUGCCAGGGACACUUGAGUGACUCUCGUCACACACAGCUGAGUGACCUGCUGCCCGUACUCAGUAGCUUUGGCCACGCGAAGACCAUCCUCAAUGCCAACGCCAGCCGUUUCGGCCAGGUCUUGUGUCUCCAUCUGCAGCAUGGGGUCAUGGUGGGAGCCUCUGUGUCACAUUAUCUGCUCGAGACUUCCAGAGUGGUGUUUCAGGCCCAGGCUGAGCGGAGCUUCCAUGUUUUUUAUGAGCUGCUUGCAGGGCUGGACCCCAGGGAAAGGGAGCAGCUCUCCCUUCAGGGACCAGAGGCCUACUACUACCUCAACCAGGGCCGGGCCUGCAGGCUGCAGAGCAAGGAGGACGCCCAGGACUUCUCAGGGCUGGUGAUGGCCCUGCAGGUGCUGGGCUUCUGCCCAGAGGAGUUGGCCACAGUCUGGGCCUUGCUGGCUGCUGUCCUGCAUCUGGGCAACAUCUGUUUCUCUUCCUCCGAGCGGGAGUCCCAGGAGGUGGCCACAGUGUCCAGCUGGGCAGAGAUCCACACAGUGGCCCAGCUGCUGCGGGUGCCACCAGAGCACCUGGAGGGGGCUGUCACCAGGAGGGUCACGGAGACGCCCUACGGCCGGGUCUCGAGAUCCCUGCCCGUGGAAAGCGCCAUCGAUGCCAGGGACACUCUGGCCAAGGCCCUGUACUCUCGGCUCUUCCACUGGCUUCUGAGGAGGGUCAAUGCGCAGCUCGCACCCCCCGGGGAAGGAGGCAGCCAGGGCACCAUCACUGUCGUGGACGCCUAUGGCUUUGAGGCACUGCGGGUGAACAGCCUAGAACAGCUGUGCAACAACCUCGCCAGCGAGCGCCUGCAGCUCUUCUCCAGCCAGACCCUGCAGGCCCAGGAGGAGGAGGAGUGUCGGCGAGAGCUGCUGCCCUGGGCGCCCAUCCCUCAGCCUCCGUGCGAGUCCUGCCUGGACCUCCUGGUGGACCAGCCCCACAGCCUCCUGAGUAUCCUGGAUGCCCAGACGCGGCUAUCUCAGGCCACCGACCACACCUUCCUCCAGAAGUGUCACUAUCACCACGGCGAUCACCCAAGCUAUGCCAAGCCCCAGCUGCCCCUGCCUAUCUUCACUGUGCGACAUUAUGCUGGAACUGUCACCUACCAGGUUCACAAGUUCUUAACCAGAAACCGAGACCGCCUUGACCCUGCUGUGGUGGAGAUGCUUGCCCAGAGCCAGCUGCAGCUGGUGGGCAGCCUGUUCCAGAAAGCAGAGCCCCAGCUAGGCAAACCCACGCUGGCCUCCCGCUUCCUGCAGUCCCUGGGGGACCUUCUAGAGCAGCUGGGCCGGAGUCACAUUUAUUUCAUCCAGUGCCUCAACCCCAACCCUGGAAAGAUCCCAGGCCUCUUUGACGUGGGACAUGUGGCAGAGCAGCUGCGCCAGGCUGGCAUCCUGGAAGCCAUUGGCAUCCGCAGUGCCCACUUCCCCAUGCGUGUCCCCUUCCGGGCCUUCCUGGCCAGGUUCCGGGCUCUGGGGACAGAAGGACAAGGCAGCUCCUCUGACCAGGACAGGUGUGGAGCUAUCCUCAGCUGUGUGCUGGGGGCUGAGUCUCCGCUGUGUCACCUUGGAGCCACCCAGGUCCUGUUGCAGGAGCAGGGCUGGCGGCAGCUGCAGCAACUCUGGGCCCAGCGGCGCUCUCAGGCCUUGCUCACCCUGCGUCGUGGCCUCCGUGCCUGCAUCUCCCGCCAGCGCCUCCGCUGCCUGUCCAGGCUGCAGGCCCGAGUGCGUGGACUCCAAGCCAGGAAACUAUACCUCCUGCGACGGGUGGCUCUGGCACGGCUGAACACUGUACUGCUGGUGGCCCGGCCCCUGCUCCAGAGGCGACAGAGGCUGAAGCCUGGGCAUUGGUGUGGCAGGCGCCGCAGCAGGGUUUCAGGGAGCGUGCCAAGCAUGGAGCUGGAGCGCUUGGAGAUCCCAGCUGAGCUGGCAGCCAUGCUGAGGACAGCAGGAGGCCACCAGGAUGCUCUGGCUGGAAUCAUCACCGAGACUCUGCCCCCUGAGGUUCCCGCCCGGCCCAGCCAAACCCUCCCACCGGACAUUGACCUGUUCCCCUUCUCCAGCUUCAUCUCCACCAGUUUUCAGGAGCCCUCCCUGCCCAGCCCAGGGCAGCCUCUGGCCAGGCCACUGACUCGGCUGGAGGGAGAGAACCCUCAGCACGCCCUGGCCAUCAACAAGGUGAUGCUGCGGCUGCUGGGAGAUGGAUCCCUGCAGUCCUGGCAGGAGCAGACCAUGGGCACCUACCUGGUGCAGCAGGGGCAGCGCCAGCCAGGGCUUCGGGACGAGCUCUUCAGCCAGCUCGUGGCCCAGCUCUGGCACAACCCAGAUGAGCAGCAGAGCCAGCGAGGCUGGGCCCUCAUGGCCAUCCUGCUCAGCGCCUUCCCCCCAACACCUGCGCUGCAGAAGCCACUGCUCAAAUUUGUGUCUGACCAGGCCCCCCAGGGCAUGGCGGCCCUGUGCCAGCACAAGCUGCUGGGGGCCCUGGAGCAGACCCCGCUGGCCCCAGGGUUUGCCCGAGCCCACCCUCCCACCCAGCUGGAAUGGAAGGCCGGAUGGCGGCGGGGCCGCAUGGCGCUAGACGUUUACACCUUCAACGAGGAGUCCUACUCAGCAGAAGUGGGAUCCUGGACCACAGGGGAGCAACUUGCUGGAUGGAUCCUACAGAGCAGAGGCCUGGAGGUGCCUCCCCGUGGCUGGUCCGUGUCACUGCACUCUGGUGAUGCAUGGCAAGACUUGGCUGGUUGCGACUUUGUGCUGGACCUGAUCGGCCGGACCGAGGAUCUGGGGGACCCGGCUGUUCCACGCAGCUACCCCAUUACCCCCCUUGGCUUAGCCAAGGACAUCCCGCCCGCCCCUGGUGUGCAGGCACCCUCUCUGCCCCCAGGCUUUCUUCCGGGUCCAGCCCCAACACUGUCCAGCAGAGCCCACACAGGGGAGGCCCGGACAUCAGGGAGUUUGAAUGGCUUCCUAGACCACCUCUUUGAGCCUGUUCUCACUGCGGGCUUCAGUGAUCUGGAGCAAGGCUGGGCGUUGAGCAGCCGCAUGAAGGGAGGGGGCUCCAUUGGGCCUGGGCAGCAGGGCUACCACAUGGUGUACCCAGGGAUGAUGCAGAUGCCUGGAUACCAGCCCACCAUGAUGUCUGCACCCAUGCCUAUGAUGCCAGCGAUGGGCACAGUCCCUGCCGUGCCAGCCAUGAUGGUGCCGCCGCAGCCACAGCCCCUGCUUCCCAGCCUGGACACAAGGGAGCUGGCGGUGCAGCAGCAGAAUUUCAUCAACCAACAGGCGCUGCUCCUGGCCCAGCAGAUGACCAACCAGGCCAUGAGCCUGUCCCUAGAGCAGCAGACUCAGCAACGCCAGCGCCAAGCCCUGGCUUCCAUAGCCGCCCCCCCAGCGCCACCUGCUGCCCCCACAGCACCACCUGCUGCCUCCCCAGCGCCACCUGCUGCCUCCCCAGCUGUCACUCCCAAGCCCAAGAAGUCCCCUGUCCCCCAGGAGGAGCCAGAGCAUGAUUUGGAACCAGCGGGUGCCUGCUCAAGGGAGACCUCGGAGGGGGCUGAAGACAGGACCUGGCACCCCAAGAGCUUCCAGCAGAAAAGGGACUACUUCCAGAAGAUGGGGCAGCAGCAGAUCAAGGUGAAGGUGGUGAAGCCUCCAGCCAAGAUCCAGAUCCCCCAGGGGGAGGAGAUGGAGGACGAAGAAGAGGAAACCAGCAAAGUGCCGCCCCCUUCUCCGCCCCCAGUUGUGAAGAAGCCACUGAAACAAAAUGGAACCAAAGCUGCAAAAGAGGCUGAGGCUGAGGCAGCUGAAGAGGCCAGGCCGGCCCGGGACCAGAGGCCCACAGUGAGCAGCUCCGACCCCACGUCCCCUCCGUCGGAGCCCAGCAGGGAAAUUCGCAACAUCAUCCGCAUGUACCAGAGCCGCCCUGGACCCAUACCUUUGCCCGUGCAGCCCAUCAGGCCUCACAAAAGUUUUCUUAAGAAAAAUGACCCUAAGGACGAGGCUCUGGCCAAGCUGGGGAUCAAUGGUGCCUACUCACCCCCAUCGACACUGGCCCUCAGCUUGGGGAAGGACCCUCCACCAGCUGUGGCUCCUCGACCCAGGACCCGGCCACGUCUAGAGCCCUCCAUCUCCAUCAGGGAGAAGCAGGUGCCCCUCCAGGACCUGUUUGGCAUAACCCCACCCACUACCCCGGCACCCCCACCCCCACCAGCACCGCCUCUGCCUCUGCCUCUGCCUCUGCCUCUGCCUGAGGAACCCCGGACCCCUUCAGCAGAGCCUAGUGCUUUGGUGGAGCCCAUGGAGGACCAGAGGGUCUCCACCCAGCUACUCCUGCCCUCUGCCAGUGUGUGCUUCUCCUACACCAGUGUACCCUGGAAGUUGUUCCUAAGAAAGGAGGUGUUCUACCCCCGGGAGAACUUCAGCCAUCCGUACUGCCUCCGGCUACUCUGUGAACAGAUUCUACGGGACACCUUUGCUGAGUCCUGUGUCCGGAUCUCCCAGGAUGAGCGGCACAAAAUGAAAGACCUGCUGGGAGACCUUGGGGUGGGCCUGGACUCACUCGCCACCACUGAAGAUAACAUCAAGAAGCGCAUCGUGGUGGCCGCUCGGAACAACUGGGCCAAUUACUUCUCCCGCAUCUUCCCCGUUUCGGGAGACAGAGGUAGCGAUGUGCAGCUGCUGGGCGUGUCUCACCGGGGGCUAAGACUGCUCAGUGUUACCCAGGGCCCCAGCUUCCACCUGGACCAGCUGAAGACACUCUGCUCCUACAGUUUUGCCGAGGUGCUGGGUGUGGAGUGCCGGGGCGGCUCCACCCUGGAGCUGUCGCUGAAGAGUGAGCAGCUGGUGCUGUACACGGCCCAGGCGAGGGCGAUCAAGGCCAUGGUGGAGCAGUUCCUGAGUGAGCUCAGGAAGGACUCUGGCUUCGUCAUCGCCCUGCGCAGCUACAUCACCGAUGACCACAGCCUCCUCAGCUUUCAUCGUGGGGAACUAAUCAAGCUGUUGCCAGUGGCCACCCUAGAGCCAGGCUGGCAGUUUGGCUCUGCUGGGGGCCGAUCCGGACUCUUUCCUGCUGACCUGGUGCAGCCAGCUGCUGCUCCUGAUUACUCCUUCUCAUCAGAGCUGAAGAGCAGCUGGCAGCGCAAGAGUCAGCCACAGGUUGCAGAGCCAGGGCCGGCUCAGUGGGACAGGGCCGCGGAGAACCCCACCCACCCUCAGAGCCAGACUCACAGUGACGAUUCAGAAGCCACCAGCCUGCCCUCCUCCAUGGCCUGCACCUCCCUGUCCACUGAUUCCCACAACUACACCAUGCAGGAAUUUGCACUGUGCUACUUCCGGAAGCCUCUCACCUUGCUGGACCUGACAGCAGGAGGCGCCAGGGCGAAGGCUAUGGCCAGCCUAGUGCAGUGCAGCAAGGCUCCCAUCCAGGAAUCACUCAUCCACCUCAGUGACGAGAACAUGAGCAAGAGGGCUGUGGCGGGAUUUGAGGCUCUAAUGCAGUUUAUGGGGGACCAGUCUAAGCCCCGUGGCAAGGACGAGAUGGCCCUGCUGUAUGAGCUGCUGAAGCUGUGCCAGGAGGAGGAGCUCAGGGACGAGAUGUACUGCCAGGUCAUCAAGCAGGUCACGGGACACCCCCAGCCAGAGCACUGUGCCCGGGGCUGGAGCCUCCUCAGCCUCUUCACAGGCUUCUUCCCCCCGUCCACCACACUGAUGCCCUACGUGACCAAGUUCCUGCAGGACUCGGGGCCCAGCCAAGAGCUGGCCCAGAAAAGCCAGCAGCACCUCCAGAGCACAGCCAAAUACGGGGGGCGCCAGCGACUGCCCCUGCCGGGCGAAAUGCGAGCUUUUCUGAAGGGGCAAGCAGUCCGCCAGCUUGUGAUCCACCUGCCCGGGGGCGUGAACUACAGGACGAACUUGCAGACCUUCACGGUGGCAGGAGAAGUGCUGGAGGAGAUGUGUGGGAAGAUGGGCAUCACAGACCCCCAGGAAAUACAGGAAUUUGCCCUCUUCCUCAUCAUAGGAGAAGGUGAGCUGGUUCGGCCCCUGUGGCCCCACGAGUACCUCGGCACUGUGAUGCUGGGCCAGGACACAAGCCUGCACAGUCGGCGGCUCAGCUGGGAGAGCCCGCUGCACUUCGACCACCCCAUCUACAUUGGGACCCACUAUGGCCAGGUGCUGCGGGACUACCUACAGGGGAAGCUGAUGGCCCACCCCCAGGCAGAGGCUCAGCUUGCCCAGCUGGCUGCCCUCCAGCACCUGGGCAGGGCCAGCAAGAGCUCCCCCUCAGAGCAAGACCUGCUGGGUUACAUACCGAAGACACUGCAAUGGCAGGUGAACACGGCCACCAUAGAGAGUCUGAUGAGCCAGGAGCUGAGGCGGCUGCAAGGACACAGCUCUCAAGAAGCAAAGAUCAGCUUCAUUGAGGCUACACGCCAGCUGCCUCUCUUUGGCUACACUGUGUACGUGGUGCUGCGAGUGAGCAAGCUGGUGCUUCCUGGACCCGCCCUCUUGGGGCUCAAUCGCCAGCACCUUGUCCUCAUGGACCCCACUUCCCAGACAACGUGCUGCUCCAUAGCCCUGAAGGACCUGCAGCGGGUCCACCUGCUGAGCCCACUGGAGGACAACGGGCCCCCUGGACUGGAACUCAACUAUGGCUUGGCCAGCAAUCCCCAGACCAUCUGGUUGGAGCUACCACAGGCCCAGGAGUUAUACCGCACCAUCAUCUUCCUGCUGGAUGGCAACACGUCUUCCACUCAGUGGCCCCAGUAGCCCCAGGGGCCCGGCCUCCAUUGAGGGCCAGACCUCUACCCUAGCCCAGGUCCCACCUGGACCCUCUGCCUUGGGUGCCAGUAGGUUAUUUUUGGUUUGGACCUCACCUGGCUCUGCUCUGAAAUCUGCCACAGAAAAACCCGGCUGGCCCAAGUGGAGGCUAUGGGGCAGGGCGUGCCAUAGUGACUUCAGAUGGGCCAAAAAGUAGCCCCACUCCCUCUGGGGUGGGCCAGGCCCAUGUAGGGCUUCAGGAACCUGGCUUGGACAUCUCAUGUUGGCCAGCCUGGGGGAGAUGUCCACCUGGCCCCAAGGACCCACCCAGGCUCAGUGUCAGCCCGAGCUCAGGGAUGGAAGAAGCUGCUGAGGAAAUAAAACUCCCACAUAAACUC